UAUUCUAGAUUCAUAUAAUUAUUAUGUUGAUAUUUUAUAACAACGCGUAAUUUACCAAUUUAUAAAUAGCUAUACGCAGUGCGAGUGUCCCGUCGCAGGGUAUCGGUAAACAUAUUAUUAUUAUUAAAACACGCUUACGCGCAGCAGUCGGAACUAUAAUAAUCAGCGCCCAGCGGACAUUUCAGUAUUUCACGCAAUUCAUAUUUCACAUUUCGCUUUGGAGUUUGGACAUUUGGACUGCGACACUGCGUUCUCAAACGCAUAUUAUAAUAUUAACGUCAUAGGUAUUUUAUUUAUUUUUUACGUAUUCGCUAUACGAUUACGGAUUAAAUAAGGAUUGAGUAAGCACGUAAUUCUCACUUGGCUGUAAUGUGGGCUGUUGUCCAUUUUUCUUUUGACAACUCUGUCGAAGCAGUGCCAUCAUAUUGGCUAAGUAAAGAUAGCCGUUUAUGUGCUUGGCCAAACAAUGAUAAUUUAGCUAAAAAAAUGAGAGCCAACAGAACAGCACCCAAUAAAUUAGAAUUCACAUAUUAUAAAUGUAGAGUUAUAUCUAAAAAUAUUGAAUCUUUGGUUGAUGCUCAGCUUAAAGCUGAUAAAGCACAGUAUACAUCAGAUGUUUCUGACUUAGAUAACCGUAAAAAAAAAGAUAAAAAAAAGUAUUCAUCGGUAAAAUUUGCUCCUGAAAAAAAUCAAAAAAACAAUAAUACUACGUUUCCAGUUUCAGUUUCAAAGUCAAAAAACACUGAUGAGUCAUUAAAAAAAAACAAUGAUGUUUUAAAUGAAAUUAAUGAGAUUACUGAAUCCCAUUCAUCAGAAGUCUGUAAGUCAAAUUUUUUUUUGUGUCUAAAUAGCAAUAUAAUUUAAUUAAUUAAUU